CUUACUUUUCCAAUCUGUGCCAACAAAACAAGCCAUGUUCAUAAAUUUCUUUGUCCAGAUAACGCUAUCAGCUUUUCUGUUUUCUUUCUCCCUCUAACAAAAUUUGCCUCUUUUGUUUAAACCCAGAUCUUUCUUCUUCUUGUUUUUUUUUCUCAUUUUCUCCGUUUCAUUCAUUCUCCAUUUUGAAAGAAUCUUACUUUCUUCUUUGUACUUCUUCUGGACUCUUCUGGGUCUUCUUGUUUCAGAUCUACUAGCUAAAAGGAGCACAAAGGUGGUUGGGUUUUUUGGUUUGUUUUCUUAACUUUGCAUUGCCUUCUUGAAAAGAAAAGCUCUGCUUGUGAGAGAAAAAAAGUAACUUCUGUCUUGAGACUCGUUUUUGAGCCUUUCUUCUUCUUGCUGCUUCUCUGAAAUUGUCUGGUGGAGGCUAAUGUACAAAGAAGAUUAGAAAACGUUUGGGAUAUUUCUGUUUCUCUGUAGUAGAACACUGUCUCUCUUUGUGAGAUUCAGUUGCAGUGAUCGAUUUACUGGUUGAUUUUAGGAUUCUGUGAGUGCCUAUGUCGAAGCUGAGGAAAAAGUUUCUGGAACUUCUUCUAUGUGUGUUGAUUUUGUUUACUUAUGUUAUUGGCUAUGGAGAAUCUCAGUCCAAGAGUUUUCUUAUAGAUUGUGGCUCAAAUACUACAACCGAAGUAGAUGGAAGAACAUGGGUUGGGGAUUUAUCUCCCAACAAGAGUGUGACCUUGCAAGGAUUUGAUGCCAUUACUGCUUCGACAUCGAAAGGAGGUUCGGUUUUUGGUGAGAUAUAUAAGACUGCUCGUGUUUUCGAGGCUGUGUUGAACUAUACAUUUGAAGGUAUAACUCAAGGGAAUUACUUUGUUAGGCUCCAUUUCAGCCCUUUCCCCAUUGAAAACCACAAUGUGAAUGAGUCUUCUUUCAGCGUCUUUGCUGAUGGUCUGAGACUGAUGCUUGACAUCAACAUCGCGGGAGAAAUCGCGCAUAAAAAUCUCAUCUUGGAAAGCACUGGACACAAUGCUACUGCCUCUUCUUUGGUUAAAGAGUUUCUGUUACCUAUGGGACCAGGAAAACUGGUUUUAAGUUUCAUGCCAGAGAAAGGGUCUUUCGGGUUUGUCAAUGCUAUUGAGAUACUUCUUGUUGAUGAUAAGCUUUUCAAGGAAUCAGUUACUAAAGUUGGUGGAAGUGAAGUGGAGCUUGGUUUGGGCAGACGCGGGAUCGAAACUAUGUAUAGGCUAAACGUUGGUGGUCCCAAGCUAGGUCCAAGCCAAGAUCUUAAGCUUUAUAGAACAUGGGAAACAGAUUUAAGCUACAUGGUGAUUGAGAACGCCGGUGUAGAAGUCAAGAACAGCUCAAAUAUCACAUAUGCUAUGGCUGAUGAUUCCCCUGUGGCUCCUCUUCUUGUUUAUGAAACUGCUAGGAUGAUGUCAAACACUGAAGUCUUGGAGAAACGGUUCAACAUUUCUUGGAAAUUUGAAGUGGAUCCUAAUUUCGACUACUUGGUCAGGCUUCAUUUCUGUGAGCUUCUUGUUGAUAAGCAAAACCAGAGGAUAUUCAGGAUAUACAUAAACAACCAGACGGCUGCUGGUAAUUUCGAUAUAUUUGCUCAUGCGGGCGGGAAGAACAAAGGUAUUUAUCAAGAUUACUUUGAUCCGGUCUCCUCUAAGAACGACGUUCUCUGGAUUCAACUCGGACCUGACUCAUCUGUCGGUGCUUCUGGAGAUGCUCUUCUGAGUGGUCUUGAGAUUUUCAAGCUCAGCAAAAAUGGGAAUCUUGCUCAUCUCAUCAGGUUUGAUUCCACUGGUCACUCGGUAGAUGACUCGAAGAUGCGGAUUAUUUGGAUCAGUGUUGGUGCUGGUAUAGCAACUAUCAUUUUUUUCGUGUUCUUGGGAAUCUUGGUAGUAUGUUUAUGCAAGAAAAGGCGAAAUAAAUCAAAUGAGUCCAAAAACAAUCCUCCCGGGUGGCGUCCUUUGUUCUUGCAUGUCAAUAACAGUACUGCAAACGCCAAAGCAACAGGAGGCUCGCUGAGACUGAACACUCUUGCGGCAUCUACAAUGGGUAGGAAGUUUACACUAGCCGAGAUUCGUGCAGCCACCAAGAACUUUGAUGAUGGUUUAGCUAUUGGAGUUGGAGGGUUCGGUAAGGUCUACAGAGGAGAGCUUGAAGAUGGAACCCUCAUAGCUAUAAAACGAGCCACCCCACAUUCUCAGCAAGGACUUGCUGAAUUUGAAACCGAAAUCGUGAUGCUUUCAAGACUUAGGCAUAGGCAUCUUGUGUCUUUGAUCGGGUUCUGCGAUGAGCACAAUGAGAUGAUCUUGGUUUAUGAGUACAUGGCAAAUGGAACUCUGAGGAGUCAUCUAUUUGGAAGCAACCUUCCUCCGUUAUCAUGGAAGCAACGGCUUGAAGCUUGUAUAGGCUCUGCGCGAGGAUUGCAUUACCUUCACACAGGCUCUGAGAGAGGAAUCAUUCACAGAGAUGUCAAAACAACAAACAUACUACUAGACGAGAACUUUGUAGCAAAGAUGUCUGAUUUUGGGCUGUCCAAAGCUGGACCGUCCAUGGACCAUACUCAUGUCAGUACAGCUGUGAAAGGAAGUUUCGGGUAUCUUGAUCCUGAAUACUUUAGAAGGCAACAGUUAACAGAGAAGUCAGAUGUUUACUCUUUUGGUGUUGUGUUGUUCGAAGCUGUUUGUGCUCGAGCUGUUAUAAACCCGACUUUGCCUAAAGACCAGAUCAACCUUGCGGAAUGGGCUUUAAGCUGGCAAAAACAGAGAUCUCUCGAGUCUAUCAUCGACCCAAAUCUGAGGGGAAACUACAGUCCUGAAUCGUUGGAGAAGUAUGGGGAGAUAGCAGAGAAGUGCUUAGCGGAUGAAGGGAAGAACAGGCCAAUGAUGGGAGAAGUUUUAUGGAGCUUGGAGUAUGUUUUGCAGCUUCAUGAAGCUUGGCUGCGCAAACAGAAUGGAGAAAACUCGUUUUCGAGUAGCCAAGCGGUAGAAGAAGCGCCAGAGAGCUAUACUCUUCAAGGUUGUUCCAAUCAAGAUUCCUCAGAAACUGAGAAGAGCCAAACAGGAUCAGCUCUUCACAACUUGGCCUAGAGGAAGCAAUUGGAUUGACCAGCGCCAAAAUAAUUCUUUUGUUCUUUUGUUAUAAUUAUUGAUUGUGAUCUAUCCAGAAGCUCUUACAGAGCUUGUAAUAUACAGUGCAAAUAUAAUUUCUUAGAAGUAUUCGAUUUAUCUUUCUUUACA